AUGUUCACAACAAAUAUUAGAGAUUCUGACUUCCCAGAUGCUUUGGACACAAUUUUCGAACAAGGUGAAUGUCGCGAAUCCAUGUCAUCUAUUCCAGAAGAAUCAGUUAACUUCGUCAGUCACUUUGUGCCUGGAAAACACUCGAUUGAACCUCCCAUUCUUGCACAAGCUUUCUUCAUCGACUCCUCUUCGGCUGAGUUGAAGGUUCGCAUCCACGAAUUGAUUCAAAGAUAUCUCGUCUCAAUACAGACACAUGAGUUUGGUGGCUAUGAGCUAUGA